UGUCACGCCACCACGCAAAACCAUGUUAGCAGCCGCCGGUCGCCAGACGCUCGCGAAGCGACCAUGGCUCUACUUUGUGACGCCGAGCCUCUCGUCUACGGACGCGCUUCUUCCGCUCGUGGCCAAGGCCAUCAAGGGCGGCGCGAACAUCAUCCAGCUCCGCAACAAGACGUGGCCCGCCGAGGCGCCCGAGCUCCGCGCGAUGGCGACCGCCGUGCGUGACCUCACACGGGCCCACGACAUCCCGUUCCUCGUCAACGACCACGUGGCGCUCGCGCUCGAGAUCGGCGCCGACGGUGCGCACAUUGGCCAAGACGAUACGUCGGUCGCGGACGCCAAGGCGCUGCUCGCCGCAGCCGACGCGCGUGACUUUAUCCUUGGCGUCACGGUGCGCGAUGCCACCCAAGCCAAUAUCGCUUGCCAAGCGGGGGCGUCGUACUUGGGCGUUGGCCCCGUCUAUUCCUCGAGCACCAAGGCCCACGCCAACAACGGCGAGACCAUCGGCGUCCAAGGCCUCGAAAGCGUUGUGAAGACAGCCCGCGCCUUCCAUGUGCCCGUCGUCGCCAUCGGCGGCAUUGACGCCAGCCGGGUGCAAGCCUGCAUGCACACGGGAGCCGCCGGAGUUGCGGUCGUUGCCGCCAUCAGCAGCCCCGCCGACGUCACCAGCGCGUCCGCCGCCCUCUAUCGCAACGUAGCGCUCUACCACCGCGCCUUGGUUUAAGCACAAAACUCGUAUCAAAGAUAUAUUGGAGCAU